GCGCGAGACAGCAUGUUGUCGGCCGGCCACCGCGGUCCAGACUUGCUCCGGCUGCGGCGCUUCAGGCGGCGGCUGGGGAUCGCGCCCUGCCCGUUCCUGCGCGGCCUUGGACGGGAGCCCUUCGGGACAGCUCGGUCACGGUGUGGCGACUCCUCGCAAAGAGAUGCGCGAGAUGAUGGACAGAGAGAGCACGAGGCAGCACCGAAGAAGGUUCCCGGCGCAGAGUCGCCUCCAUCACUCCCUCCGAGCAGCCGGGGCCUUGGGACCAGAUGUCUGUCGUCCCUGGAAAGCCUCAGACUGCCGACGCCUCGAGAGGAGCCAUCCCUUCAAGAGCGCGAGGACUCGAGUGGAGACCUGGCCCUGUCCGAUCCCGCACACCCGGCAUCCGGGGAUCCCUCACUGCCCGCCCCGGUGGUAGAACUUCACGGCUCCUCUUCCUGGUCAACUUCCAGAGAGGAGCCCUUUCGGGCUGGGGAGCUGAUUUUAGCUGAGACUGGGAAGAGAGAAACACAAUUUAAAAAAUUAUUUCGGUUGAGCAACGCCGGGCAUUUAAAUAGUAGCUGGGGGGUAGUCCCGUUCAGCGACAUCGUGGGGAAGUUCCCUGGCCAGACCCUAAGGAGUUCCCUGGGUAAGCGCUUUAUGCUGAGGAGGCCGGCACUGGAAGACUAUGUAUUACUGAUGAAAAGAGGUCCUGCCAUAACAUAUCCAAAGGAUAUAAGUAUGAUGCUGUUGAUGAUGAAUAUUCACCCAGGAGAUACUGUUUUGGAAGCUGGCUCUGGCUCUGGUGGAAUGAGCUUAUUUUUAUCCAGAGCAGUUGGAUCACAAGGACGGGUCAUAAGUUUUGAAAUACGAAAAGACCACCAUGAACUGGCUAAGAAGAAUUACAAACACUGGCGUGAUUCAUGGAAAAUUAGUCAUGUAGAAGAGUGGCCAGACAAUGUGGAUUUUAUUCAUAAAGAUAUUUCAGGAGCAAGUGAAGACAUAAAAUCUUUAACGUUUGAUGCGGUAGCUUUGGAUAUGUUGAAUCCUCAAGUUGCUUUACCUGUUUUAUACCCUAAUCUUAAACAGGGUGGUACAUGUGCUGUAUAUCUAGCAAACAUCACACAGGUUAUUGAACUUUUAGAUGGAAUUCGCAUCUGUGAACUUCCUCUCUCAUGUGAAAAGAUAAGGGAAGUAAUUGUCAGAGAUUGGUUGGUUUGCCUUGCAAAACAGAAAAAUGGAAUUUUAGCUCAAAGAGUAGAACCUGAAAUCAACGUGGAUUUACAAUUACAUUCUCAAAAGAUUAGAGCUGAAGGUGAGAUGCUUCAGGAGGAUGGCCACGAAGAAUCACAUUCUGAUUUUCCAUAUGGAUCAUUUCCCUAUAUUGCUAGACCUAUGCACUGGCAAACUGGUCAUACAGCUUUUCUUGUCAAGUUGAGGAAGUUCAAACCACAACUCAACUGAGUACCUCAGAUGACAGCAACUGAUUUGAAGACAG